AUGAGACUCAAGGAGCACUCGGCGGAGAAUGCUGAGAUCCCAGGAGAAGUGGCCGGGAGAGGGCGGGGCGCCGGCUUGACAGACAGGGCCGGGCGGGCGGAGCCCCUCCUCCUGCCUUCCUCCCGUCUCCCCGCCCCCCCCGGGCCGAGCUCGCCCGAAGCGGCCCGAAAGGGCGGCCGGAGGCGGCGGACGGAGCCGAGGGGGCCCGAGCGGACCCGAGCGGGCCCGAAGCGCGCCCGGAGCGAGCGGGCGGACGGGCCCGAGCGGUCCCGAAGCUGCCCCCGCCGCCGCCGAGGCUCCUCCUCACGGACAGGCAGGCCGAGCCCGUCCGAGAACGACGGCCGCGCGCCCGAAGAUGGCCGAACGGCAGCCGAAGCGUCCCAUUGGCUGCGGGGCCGCGGGGCCGCGCCCGCCGCCGCGAGGGGCGGGGCCAACGCGCCGCCGAGAACGCCGGUGGAGGGCGCACGGGCUGCCGGGAUCGGGGCGGACCGAGGGGGGCGGGGGCUAAGAUGGCGGUCGUACGGAGAGGUGAGGCGGCGGCGGAGAGCGCCAGAGGGCGUAGCGGGGAGGCAGGCGGGAAGAUCCUCCAUCCUUCUCUCCUCAGUGCCACUGCAGAUGCAGUUUUACUUGAGCGGAUUAUAUUACCCCUUCUAUUUCCUGGUCUCGCUGCUAGUGAUUUUUUACAAAAUGCACCUUUUCUCUUACCCACCCGAUCUGUGGACCGUUGAUCUGAUUCUUCUUGGGAGCAUGGGUGUUCUGGAGGCCCUGCGGCUCUACCUGGGUGCAAAGGGCAACUUGACAGAAGAGGAAUCGCUGCUGGGCAGCAGCCUCCUGCUGACCUCAUCAACGCCCAUCCUGGCUCUGUACUUCCUGCUGUGGGCGGCCUACGUACUGAGGAUAGAGAUUCUCCUCAAUAGCAUCCUGCUCACUCUCUACGGCCUGGAGGGUGUCCUGCAGAUGAGGAAAUUGAGGUUCGAAGAUCAUCACUUGUCCAAGGCCACACUGCUGGGAUUUGGAGCUGGGGAGCUCCUGGCUUCAUCGAAGGCCUGGGGUGCCGGAACCGGGCCUGGGUACAUGGAGCCCCCAAAGAGCCGAUCAGAACUACUACCAAGAAAGAGGAGGGACCAGCCAGGCCUGUGGAAGUGUGUGGAAGAAGAGAGAGAGAUGGUGGCAGCCCCAUUCACAAAUGGGGGAGGAAGAGGAGUGGCACAGCUGACCGAGCAGGGCCUGCUGAGGGCUGGCUCUGUGCACGGAGCUGCCCACCCCAGGGUGCCCUGGGCCCGGAGCACAGUGGAGGGUUGCGGCUGAGAAAGUGUGUCCGCUCCGCUCAGGACCCUUUGCCCUUCUCUGGGGGCCUUUCUCCAUAUCACACACCUGGUUUUUGUGAAUGGUGAGUG